AGCGGGCUCAAUCGCCUCAGCUCUCCAUUUCAGUCCGGUCUGUUGUGUUUUGCGGGCCGCCGUCCACUCUGACCUCUUAAGACUCUUUGAGAAGAAAUGGAAACACCUUGACGUAACUCCCGACACAAACGGCUCUAUACCCUGUAUUUGAACCCUGAAGAAUUAUUCAUACACUUGUCGAUCGUCUCUCUGUCGAAAAGAGCAAAAACGGUAGAGAGACUUCAUGUCCCAGAAAUCCCUGUGAACGUCAGCACUUCCUCUUAAGUGUGUUCCCUUUCCCAUUCUCUCUCUCUGGUUGGUUGGAUGAGUCCCAAACAGCGACACAACUGAUUGGGUGUUGAGCCAGACCGGGUAGCCAACGGGAAGCUAGGCUAGCCAUCAUGGCCGAUGUGGACCCAGACACCCUGCUGGAGUGGCUGCAGAUGGGUCAGGGUGAUGAGCGUGACAUGCAACUCAUUGCUCUGGAGCAACUCUGCAUGCUACUGCUCAUGUCAGAUAACGUCGACCGCUGCUUUGAGACAUGUCCUCCUCGGACAUUCCUUCCAGCACUCUGUAAGAUCUUCUUGGAUGAGAGUGCUCCAGAUAACGUGCUGGAGGUUACAGCCCGAGCAAUAACCUACUACCUGGACGUGUCGGCAGAAUGUACCCGCAGGAUUGUGGGAGUGGAUGGGGCCAUCAAAGCGCUGUGUAAUCGACUGGUGGUAGUGGAGUUGAACAACAGGACCAGCAGAGACCUGGCUGAGCAGUGUGUCAAGGUGCUGGAGUUGAUCUGUACCAGAGAGUCUGGCGCAGUGUUUGAGGCAGGCGGGCUGAACUGUGUGCUGAGUUUCAUCCGAGACAGUGGGCACCUUGUUCAUAAAGACACUCUGCACUCAGCCAUGGCUGUUGUGUCCCGCCUUUGCAGCAAAAUGGAGCCCCAGGACUCUUCUCUGGAGACCUGUGUGGAGUCUCUGUCUAGCCUCCUCAAACACGAAGACCACCAGGUGUCAGAUGGUGCUUUGCGCUGCUUUGCCUCACUGGCUGACCGGUUCACACGUCGUGGUGUAGACCCUGCCCCUUUAGCCAAACAUGGCUUGACAGAGGAGCUGCUGUCCCGCAUGGCGGCUGCUGGAGGGACAGUGUCAGGCCCCGCGUCUUCCUGCAAGCCAGGCCGGCCUUCAGCAGGUGCAGGCCCCUCGGCUUCUGACUCGAAAUUGAGCAACCAGGUGUCUACCAUUGUCAGCCUGCUGUCAACACUCUGCAGGGGGUCUCCGCUAGUGACACAUGACUUGUUGCGUUCAGCACUGCCCGAUUCGAUGGAGUCAGCACUGGGAGGAGAUGAGCGCUGUGUACUGGACACCAUGCGGCUGGUUGACCUCCUGCUGGUGCUCCUGUUUGAGGGGCGAAAAGCGCUGCCAAAGUCCACAGCAGGGUCGACGGGCAGGAUCCCAGGGCUGCGACGUCUGGACAGUUCUGGGGAGAGAUCACACCGACAGCUCAUCGACUGUAUCCGUAGCAAGGACACAGAUGCUCUCAUCGAUGCCAUUGACACUGGAGCAUUUGAGGUGAACUUUAUGGAUGAUGUCGGACAGACGCUGCUCAACUGGGCUUCAGCUUUCGGCACGCAAGAAAUGGUUGAGUUUCUUUGUGAGAGAGGAGCAGAUGUCAAUAGAGGUCAGAGGUCAUCGUCACUGCACUAUGCUGCCUGUUUUGGACGCCCGCAAGUAGCCAAGACUCUCCUGCGUCAUGGGGCCAACCCUGACCUGAGGGAUGAGGAUGGAAAAACACCUCUGGACAAGGCUAGGGAGAGGGGACACAGUGAAGUUGUAGCUAUACUGCAGUCUCCUGGAGACUGGAUGUGUCCAGUGAACAAGAGUGAUGACAAGAAGAAGAAAGAUCUUAACAAAGAGGAGGAGGAGGGCAGUGAACCCAAAGGAGACCCAGAAAUGGCUCCUAUCUACCUAAAGAGACUUCUGCCUGUUUUUGCACAAACAUUUCAGCAUACCAUGCUGCCUUCUAUUAGGAAAGCUAGUCUGGCUUUGAUCAGGAAAAUGGUUCACUAUAGCAGCGAAGUGCUGCUGAAGGAGGUGUGUGACAGCGAGGCGGGACAUAACUUGCCCACGGUGCUGGUGGAGAUCACAGCUACUGUCCUCGAUCAAGAGGACGAUGACGACGGUCACCUUCUGGCUCUGCAGAUCAUAAGGGAUCUGGUGGAUAAGGGUGGAGAUGUUUUCCUUGACCAGCUGGCUCGACUAGGCGUCAUCAACAAGGUGUCGACUUUGGCUGGACCAGCAUCUGAUGAUGAGAACGAGGAUGAAGCAAAACCUGAGAAGGAGGAAGAGGUGCAGGAGGAUGCUAGGGAGAUCCAGCAGGGGAAGCCAUACCACUGGAGGGACUGGUCCAUCAUCAGAGGCAGGGACUGUCUCUACAUCUGGUCUGACGCUGCUGCCCUUGAGCUCUCCAAUGGCUCCAAUGGCUGGUUCAGGUUCAUCCUGGAUGGGAAGCUAGCCACCAUGUACUCCAGCGGAAGUCCAGAAGGGGGAUCGGACAGCUCCGAGUCUCGCAGCGAGUUCUUGGAGAAGCUACAGCGGGCACGGAGUCAGGUGAAGCCAGUAACAGCCAGUCAGCCCAUCUUGUCCAGUGUUGGCCCCACCAAGCUGACCGUAGGGAACUGGUCUCUGACCUGCCUGAAGGAUGGAGAGAUUGCUAUCCACAACUCAGAUGGGCAGCAGGCCACCAUCCUGAAGGAAGACCUGCCUGGCUUUGUCUUUGAGUCUAACAGAGGAACCAAGCACUCUUUCACAGCAGAAACAUCCUUGGGCUCAGAGUUUGUGACUGGUUGGACGGGGAAGCGAGGCAGGAAGUUAAAGUCAAAACUGGAGAAGACAAAGCAGAAGGUGAAAAGUAUGGCAAGAGAGUUAUAUGAUGAUCAUUUCAAAGCUGUAGAAAGCAUGCCCAGAGGAGUGGUGGUUACUCUCCGGAACAUUUCAACACAGCUGGAGUCUGCUUGGGAGCUGCACACCAACAGACAGUGUAUUGAAGGGGAGAACACAUGGAGGGACCUGAUGAAAACUGCUCUGGAAAACCUGAUUGUAGUUUUGAAGGAUGAAAACACGAUUUCUCCGUAUGAGAUGUGUAGCAGUGGCUUGGUCCAGGCUCUGUUUACAGUCCUUAACAAUAGUGUGGAACUGGACCUGAAACAUGAUUGUAAGCCUUUAAUGGAAAGAAUCAAUGUCUUUAAGGCGGCUUUCAGCGAGAAUGAAGAUGAUGAAAGCCGACCAGCUGUUGCCUUAAUCCGUAAACUGAUAGCUGUCCUGGAGUCAAUAGAACGCCUACCUCUGCACCUGUACGACACUCCGGGAUCCUCAUACAACCUGCAGAUUCUUACACGGAGGUUGCGGUUCCGGCUGGAGCGAGCGCCGGGAGAGACGGCCCUGAUCGACCGGACAGGUCGUAUGUUGAAGAUGGAACCACUCGCAACUGUGGAGUCUCUGGAGCAGUACCUGCUGAAGAUGGACUGCCUACGAGUGGGUGAACCCCGCAGCUUAUGGCCUAGUGGUGGUGACCUCUUCAGAGGGCCGGAAUCUCCCCUACGGGAGACUGGAAGACAUUCUCAGUCGGGAUAGCUCUGCUCUGAAUUGCCACACGAAUGACGACAAGAAUGCCUGGUUUGCUAUCGACCUCGGCCUGUGGGUCAUUCCCUCAGCAUACACUCUGAGGCAUGCCAGGGGUUAUGGCCGCUCUGCGUUGAGGAACUGGGUCUUUCAGGUGUCCAAAGAUGGUCAGAACUGGACGACUCUUUACACCCACGUAGAUGACAGCAGCCUAAAUGAACCCGGGUCGACAGCCACGUGGCCUCUGGACCCAUCUAAAGAAGAGAAGCAGGGCUGGAGGCACAUCAGAAUUAAACAGAUGGGAAAGAACGCCAGCGGCCAGACACACUAUCUGUCACUAUCUGGACUUGAGCUGUACGGGAAUGUCACUGCAGUCUGUGAGGACCAGUUGGGUAAAGCUGUGAAGGAGGCAGAAGCAAACCUUCGCCGCCAGCGCCGCCUGUUUCGUUCUCAGGUGAUGAAGUACAUCGUACCAGGGGCACGGGUUGUUCGGGGCAUCGACUGGAAGUGGCGCGACCAGGAUGGAAACCCACCUGGAGAGGGCACCAUUACUGGAGAGGCUCACAAUGGCUGGAUUGAUGUAACCUGGGAUGCUGGCGGCUCUAACUCUUACCGUAUGGGCGCUGAAGGGAAGUUUGACCUCAAGCUUGCUCCAGGGUACGACCCUGAGUCGGCUGCCACAGCGCCGUCACCCAAACCUGUCUCAUCCACUGUUUCAGGCCCCGCCUCCACCACGGUGGGACCCUCUGUGACGCAGGCGGCGAGCGGCGGCGGUACCACCACCACCACCUCAUCAUCUUCCUCCUCCACAUCGUCAUCCUCGCUUCAGCAGUCAUGGAGCAGUCUGGUUAAAAAUAACUGUCCUGAUAAGGGCGGGGCCUCAUCGCUUGGGGGUGCCAGCUCCUCCAGCAGAAAGGGGAGCAGCAGCUCUGUCUGCAGUGUCGCCUCCUCCUCUGACAUCAGCCUAAGUUCCUCCGCUGGUUUUCCAGGUGCAGGAGGUCUGCGACUGGAGAGAAGAACUGAUGGGCUAGUGCUUGACCAAGGAACCGGGAUAGGAGGAGUAAUGGGAGGCGGGGUUGGCUCUGAUGGACAUCAGCAAGAGCCAAUUGUCGUUCUGUCCUCUGCAGCAGAGGGCGGAUCUGGUUCAGCAUCCAGCUCAGGCACACUUACUGGUGAUGCAUCCACCACAGCAGAUGAAACCAGAAAUAAAGACUCAUCCACAGCAAUGGCCACCACUGACCCGGCAACAGCGAUCUCCAUGGGGCUAGUGAGCGUGAGCUCCCCUGAUGUCAGCUCGGUGUCGGAGUCAUCUAGCAAGGACACGCCUUCCCAGAGGCCUAUGUGCUCGGUGGCUAAUGCCCGGCUAUCGGUCAGCUCCCUCUUGGCUGCCGGCGCUCCCAUGAGCUCCAGUGCCAGCGUCCCUAAUUUGUCAUCUCGCGAGGCCAGCUUGAUGGAGUCCUUCGUCCGCCGUGCACCCAACAUGUCGCGCACCAAUGCCACAAAUAACAUGAACCUGAGCCGCAGCAGCAGCGACAACAACACCAACACGCUGGGCAGAAACGUCAUGAGUACUGCCACUUCUCCUCUCAUGGGUGCUCAGAGCUUUCCUAACCUCACCACCACUGGCACCACCUCCACCGUUACCAUGUCCACCUCCAUAGUAACCAGCAGCAAUAAUGUAGCCACAGCCACCACGGGUUUGUCGGUGGGCCAGUUACUAAGCAACACCCUUACAACCAGCCUGACGUCUACAUCCAGCGAGAGCGACACGGGCCAGGAGGCCGAGUUCUCUCUCUAUGACUUUCUGGACAGCUGCCGUGCCAACACACUGUUGGCUGAGCUGGACGAUGAGGAGGACCUCCCAGAGCCUGAUGACGAUGAUGACGAGAACGAAGAUGACAAUCAGGAGGAUCAAGAGUAUGAGGAGGUCCUGGAAGAGGAGGAGUAUGAGACCAAAGGAGGACGCAGGAGGACAUGGGAUGACGACUUUGUCCUAAAGAGGCAAUUUUCUGCUCUGGUUCCUGCCUUUGACCCCCGACCAGGAAGAACCAAUGUCCAGCAGACCACAGACCUGGAGAUCCCUCCUCCAGGGACUCCUCGAUCCGAGGUUCAGGAGGAGGUGGAGUGUGCUCCCUCUCCUCACCUCGCUCUCACCCUUAAGGUGGCUGGGCUGGGUACAACCCGGGAGGUGGAGCUUCCUCUUACCAACUACAGGUCCACCAUCUUCUUUUAUGUCCAGCGGCUGCUGCAGCUCUCCUGCAACGGAGCUGUCAAGACGGAUAAACUGAGGCGCAUCUGGGAGCCCACGUACACGAUAAUGUACAGAGAGCUGAAAGACUCUGAUAAAGAGAAGGAGAGUGGAAAGAUGGAGUUUUGUGAACACAGCAUUGGGGUCGGGGGCCGUUCUGGUGGCCUGAGCCCCAGUUCAGUUUCAGCCAAUCAGAGCAGUGAGAUUCUGGGCGGUGCCAGGGAGGUUGCGCAGGCGAAGGCAGGAUGCAGCCAGAAUGCCUGUGGAGUGGAGGAUGUCUUGCAGCUACUGCGGAUCCUCUACAUCAUCGGAGGAGACUCGGCUGCUAACACGCGCACGUUGCAGGAGG